CACCAAUGAAUGCAAUGACAUUUCACAACUGCGCAGCAAUGAUGCGCGCUAUUAAAAUAUUGACAACAAAAAUGCCGUCGGAAAGCCCAGCGGUUCAAGCACAAACAGAAAAACCGCAACAUUACUUGUAUUUAAAAGAAUUUAGAACACAACAAUGCCCGUUAUUCCUACAACACAAAUGCACACAGCAUAGACCGUUCACUUGCUUUCACUGGCAUUUUAUGAAUCAGAGACGAAGAAGACCUAUUCGGAAACGAGAUGGAACUUUUAAUUACAGUCCAGAUGUGUACUGUACCAAAUAUGACGAUACAAAUGGUCUUUGUCCCGAUGGAGAUGAGUGCCCUUUCCUACACAGAACAGCAGGAGACACUGAACGAAGGUACCACUUGAGGUAUUACAAAACAGGAACUUGUGUCUAUGAAACAGAUUCCAAGGGAAACUGUGUCAAAAAUGGGCCACACUGUGCAUUUGCGCAUGGAGCUCAUGACCUUAGACCCCCAAUUUAUGACAUCAGAGAGUUGCAGGCAAUCGAGACCCCAGAUCUGAAAGCUUCUCUCAGUUCUUCUUCAGGAACACCCAGUAGUUUGGAAAAGGACAAAAUUCUGGCUGAGGACCCAAAGUGGAAUGAUACCAAUUAUGUACUGGCUAAUUAUAAGACAGAACCAUGCAAGAGACCUCCCCGAUUAUGUAGGCAAGGGUAUGCCUGUCCAUCAUAUCACAACACUAGAGACAGGCGAAGAAGUCCAAAGAAGUGCAAGUAUAGGUCGACCCCGUGUCCUAAUGUAAAACAUGGUGAUGACUGGGGAGAUCCAACACAGUGUGAAAAUGGGGACAAUUGUGCUUACUGUCACACCAGAACAGAACAGCAGUUCCACCCAGAGAUUUACAAGUCUACUAAAUGUAAUGAUAUGGUACAGACAGGAUAUUGUCCAAGAGGGCCAUUUUGUGCCUUUGCUCACGUGGAACAGGAAAUAACUACCCAGAGAGAUGUUUUGUCAACAAGUGAGAAUUCUCUGGCUGCAUUUAUGAGCACAGUUUUACCCAUAGCUGAGAACCCUCAAACGAUAUACACACUUAACACAAGUGAUACCCAUUCUAAAUCAAAUCAGAAUGGUUCUAGUAGUUUACCUAAAUUACCGGUUCCUAUAGGAAAAGAACGAGCCAACAGUAUUCCUUAUGCUACUAUCACUAGUAACAAUAUAGCAACUAAUCAACAGCUACAGACCAGUAGCCCGCUCCCAGAGCCAAUAGGAAAAGGUCGUUCUAGCAGCACAUCCAGUAGUAUUACAUCAGACUCAGGAUUCUAUCAACGAGCCCCGGGGUCAGAGAGAGAAGACUCGCAAAUGGUCAGUAUGAAAUUACGUCAACAAUUACAGUCUAUAGAUUCUGACCAAACAAUAGAUCUGGUAGAGAAAGCUAAGCGUAAACAGAAUCUAUUGAUGCUGCACAGUUUAACCUUCUCCACUAGUGCUACCCCCAGCCCUGUAGCAAAUCAACAGCCCAAUGUGUCCACAAUGUCCCCUCUGGCUCCUGCCUUCUACCCCCCAGGGGAUACCGUAGGAUCUGUUAUAGGUCAUGCUUUGGAUGACUUAUGUUUAGAUGAUAUUGAUAUUAACAGUAUAGACCGAGAACUAGAUAAAGAUGAAAUUAACUCUCUUAGUAGCUCUUUAAGUGCAGGGAUACCAACUUCAGGUUAUGGUGCACAGUCCAUACCCAUUGGAAUCCCAGGAGGCCUUCAGAGGGGAAGUAUUGGGAGUCUUUCCCAGUCCCCACCUUCACCCUUCGGUAGCUUUUCUCAUGGUCUGUUGACAGGAAAUCAAAAGCAGGAGUCUGGUGAACCAAAUAUUUCCUUGCUGGGUUACCACAAUCACAACAAAUUUAGUGAUGUAAAUUCCAUGUCUCCUAGAAGUGGCCCUGGGGGGCCGCACUCUCCACUAUAUUCCUCCUCAAAUCUAUCCAAUAGUUCUCAAGGAGCAGAUAUGCAGAAGUUACGAGAGGAAUUCCAGCAUUAUAAGACGAGACAAGAACAUUGGGAGCAAGCUUAUUCUCAGGCUAAAAGUGCAUGUGAAGCAUGGAAGAGAGAGGCUGAGGAAUCUCUCAGAAAAGCAAAAUCAGCAGAGGAGGAAAAGGCCCAGGCGGUCAAACAGAGAGACGAGGCUCUUGGUAGAAUAUCAAAGAUACAAUUAGAUCUGGAAAAAAUGGGUGGUGGAUCCAAUAGUGUAAGAUUACUUCAUCAGGUAAACGAAAUAGAAAAAUUACCUAUUCCUCAGCUUAGACAGAUACAGCAACAACUUAGAAUGGAUAUGGACAAAUUAGACAAGGUGAUCAUGUAUCAGCAGAACCUGAAAUGUAUUAUGUGUCAGGAUAGAAACCGUAGUAUUACAUGUGUGCCGUGCAACCACAGGGUCAUGUGCGAAGCAUGUGCUGGAAAAUCCACAGAGUGCCCCAUGUGUCACGUCCAACGGACCAAUUACCGCUUGUAAUGGCGGGAACAACUAGGAUCUUCAAAUUGUUUUAGUGACUCAAGUGCUAAUAAUGACGCUUUGUUAAGCAGGUUUUCAUAUUGUUAAGAUACAACUAAAUUUUUAAGAAUUUAAAGUUUGGACGUUUCUCCCCUAAACUAUGUGUAAAUUAUGGUCUGCUUUGUACUGAUAGUAUGUUAUACUUGUUUGUAAGGUUGUUUCCAAAUUAAUCAGUGCAUACUUUAUUUAUACAUUGUACAGAUUGCUCGAAUUUUCAUCUUUUAUGUAUUUCAACAAAUGAAAUUUCACCAUUUGCAAUGUUAUAACUUCACUCAUGCAAGCAAAAAAAUACUACCCCAUUUAUGAACUUGAAUAAAUUUUGGUGAUAUGAACAUCUGAUUAACAAUAUGCAAUAGAGAGGGAGGUUUUAUGAAGAAUGGGUGUAUGGUGUGAGCCUUAUAUAAAUACAUGUAAAUAUACUUACUAGGGUUUUGUUUUUGUCAGAAGCGAUUAUAGUGUCUGUGAUUCAGUAAUGAUCAUUCAUUAACAUAUUUUAGAGUAUUUGUCUGUGUAAAUUAAUGUAGACUGUUCUUGAACUGUGUUUCUUUUAUUUUUUAGUUUAUGUUUGGUUUCAAAUUAUUUGGAGUUACUAGUGCUAUGACCUGAUAUAAUAACAAAGGUUUUAUUAUUCAUUCCAAGAGAAAUAUCAGUCCAUCUUUGUAAUUUUUUUUUUCAUUGUGAGUUGAAAUGUAGAGUAUAUUACAUAGGAAAUAAUAUAACAUUUCAUUGUCUUUAGUUUCCAUGGCAACAGAAUGUUGCUAUGAAGUGAAACAUUCUGUCACUAAGCUAAAACACUGAGAAAGGGGAACUUUGUUCCAAAAUGAAGUUUGAAUGUAGAGAGGAUCCAUUCUAUGUUGAGAUAAAUUUUAAUUAUUUAAAAUUAAAACAGACAUAUAAAAUUAGUCAGUACAUGUACUCCACUGGGACAGCUGUCACAUCUCCACUUCUAUAUAUAGAUAUUUUUCAUACUUUAAAUUUGUUUUCAUUUUCAUUUUUUUCCUAUUUGGAAGUCUGUUCUUGUGAUUUGCUUAAAAACAAAAAGAAGAUUUUGGUUAGGGAAACUUCAGGCUACUGGAUAGCUGAUAGGUUUUUUAAAAGUGGUUGUGUAACUCAUUGUUAAUGAUAUAUUGCUAAGAAUUGAGUUCAUUCAGAAAUAGACAGAGAUCUCAGAUGUCUUUGGGUUUGAUGUAAAUGCCAUCCUUGCCUGAAAGAAAAAGGUUCUAUGGAGAGAAAGAAAAACUUAUUAAAGAACUUUUUGUGAAACUUUGAAAUUGCAUGCCCUGGCCCCUUGUUCUUGUGCAUGCUGGCUCAUACACUUAGAAAAAUGGGUAAGGGCAUCAGGUGUAUAUUUGAUAGUUUAUAAAAUGUAGUUCUCAUUAGUCAUAUUUAAGAAUUUUGAACUGUAAGCCUUAUCACAGUUUUUAACUCACAAAUCAUCGACUAGCCUUCAAUGCUAUGCAAAAACACA